CAGCUCACACAUCGAGCUUCCCUCCAGCGCGUCAGAUUUGACAGCAGAAGCUACGCAGCCAAGUUUAUAGGAAGUUUCAAGUUUCGGCACAGCCAGUAAACACCUACAACUCAAUCUGUAGUGUGAAUUUGAGAGAUUUCGGUCAAUAUGGUUUUGCUGACAAUGAUCGCUCGGGUAGCAGAUGGACUGCCGCUUGCUGCAUCGAUGCAAGAAGACGAGCAGUCAGGAAGAGACUUGCAACACUACCAGAGCCAGGCUAAGCAGCUCUGCCGCAAACUCAAUGCCCAGAGCCCCAACAGAUGUACCCUGGAGGCUGGGGUCAUGUCUUUCCACUAUGUAUUAGAACAUGGUGUAUGCUACUUGGCCUUGUGCGAAGCUGUGUUUCCCAAGAAGCUGGUCUUUGGGUACCUGGAAGACCUCCAGACAGAAUUCCAAGAGCAGUAUGGAAAGAAAGUCCCCACAGUCUCCAGGCCGUACUCUUUCAUUGAGUUUGACACGUACAUCCAGAAAACAAAAAGAACCUACAUUGACAGCAGGGCACGGAGGAACCUGGGCAGCAUCAACACAGAGCUGCAGGGUGUCCAGCGGAUCAUGGUGGCAAACAUUGAAGAGGUCCUGCAACGAGGAGAGGCCCUAUCGGCUCUCGACACCAAAGCCAGCAAUCUGUCCAGCCUUUCAAAGAAGUACCGCAGCGAUGCCAAGUACCUGAACACCCGAUCCACCUAUGCUAAGAUAGCAGCCGGGGCAGUCUUCUUCAUUACACUUAUCGUCUAUGUGCGUUUCUGGUGGAUAUGAUGCGUAAGGACUGUGAAAGAGGAGAUAGUCUGGGUUCCCUUUGUAACCAAAUAUUAAAACUGUCAAUUGUAAUAUAUUAAGCUUUGCUGUUAACAGAAACCAUUAAGUUCCUACAUGGGUGCCUUAGGGGGAGGCUGGGACCUUGUACAUGGGUGCCUUAGGGGGAGGCUGGGACCUUGUACAUGGGUGCCUUAGGGGGAGGCUGGGACCUUGUACAUGGGUGCCUUAGGGGGAGGCUGGGACCUUGUACAUGGGUGCCUUAGGGGGAGGCUGGGACCUUGUACAUGGGUGCCUUAGGGGGAGGCUGGGACCUUGUACAUGGGUGCCUUAGGGGGAGGCUGGGACCUUGUACAUGGGUGCCUUAGGGGGAGGCUGGGACCUUGUACAUGGGUGCCUUAGGGGGAGGCUGGGACCUUGUACAUGGGUGCCUUAGGGGGAGGCUGGGACCUUAGGGGGAGGCUGGGACCUUGUACACGGGUGCCUUGGGGGGAGGGUGGGACCUGUUCUGUGUAGUGGAUGGACUCCUGUCUGUUUCAGUUGUGUGUCAUGUCACAUACCUGUAUGGACACAUACUGACCUGUGGUUGCUAAUGUGAGCGAGGUGUAGCUUUCUGUGCAUUCAUAGUGUUUGUAUAAUCCCAUUCGCUGGAUUAUAAAAGGGAUUGAAAAUGCGUUAUCAAUGUUUACAAUAGGUGGGGGUUCUUUACCAUGUCUUUGAAGGAAAAUUCUAUAUGCAAAUGGUCUUAAGUGUGAAACAACUUGUUACCGUGAGUUUAUUGUUUACAAAACAUACAUAAUUGUAAGUAAUUAUUUGUUGAAAGGUAUAUUUACUAUCUUCUCAAUGUUUAUCAGAUUACAAAAAUAAAAAUUUGGAACACUA